GUACCACUUUCGCAAAAGCCUUUCAAAAUGUACCAUUUCUCAAUUGCACGCGCUCGACCAUGGACGAAAAUACCCCUGAUUGGGAUAGAGAGGCUGUGUCAGAGACGGAGACAGCUUCUAUCGGCGCUUCCAAAGAAGGAGCAGGGCAUCAAUUAAUGCUGCACGGUUACAUGUGGUAGAUAAUUGAUUUUAAUUAAUAGAAAUGAUAAUAGAGUAGGGUUAGGCCAUUAAUUGCUCUCUUAAUAUAUCAGACAAAAGAGCUUUGUAGAUCUGAAAAAACUGGAAAUCUGGGGAGAAAACUCUGAUGCUGGGCGAAAUUGGAGUUCUGCUUGAAGAAGGGUGCAUUUAAAGCUAAAGAAGGUACGGAUGGACGAAGGAGUAAUGAUAUUGGUCGGUUGCUGGGAAUGCAAAGAAAGUGGAGAGUGGCGAUUCAAGAUGUCGGCAAAGAAAUAUGCAAAGUGUGUAGACGUAAGCGCAGGAGAUACGAUUGCUGAUGUUGAGCAGAAAAUUGCCGCAGCGUUUGGAGUAGACAGAAGAAGGACAAAAAUGGAGCUGAGUUUUUGGUUCGAAGGAGGAGACACUGUCUACACGCAGCAAAAGAUGCCGCCAGUCUCUGUUGACAGCGAGAGUUCAUUGUCGAAAUUCAAAAAGGUAAGAAUAGAAAAGGGAGGUAUGAACAUGUAUCUAUGUUUAGAAGAAGACGAUGAAGAUGUGUCAAAUCUCGGGGGACAAGACGAUUGUCGGGGACAAGAAAUGGCGGGACAGCACAGAGGUGAGAGUGAAAGCACGCAGAUAAUUCCUGUAACUUUUGAGGAAGAGGACUUUUUAGAGGAAAUAUAUGCGUUUGAAGAAUCUUAUAAAAGGAAGGAAGCUGUGCUGCAAAAGGGAAAAGCUAAGCGGGGACGAGAAGAGGAACUGGUGGUAGCAUUGGGCACGGAUAGUGGAGGAUGGGCAUCCGAGUCGGAAGACAACAUGUUAAGUGAGGGAGAAGAUUCAGGCGACUAUGACUUUGAUAAUAUGAGGGAGUUGAUCGAUAGGGAGUACCCGCCGGAUUGGGAUCCUUGGAAGGAUUCGAGGAAGAAAGCAUUGACAAUUGCAGACGGAUCGCCGCGGGGACAAAAUGGUAGAGUGGAGGACGAUAUAUAUUCCGGUAUGGAGGACGAGAUAUACGAGGACGAUAUGUAUGUGGGGGACGAAAGUGUGGAUGCACAAGGAGGACAAACCCAGCCAAUACUAGUCGAUGUCGAGGUUAAUCAGAUGGACGGAAGGGAAGAUACCACAACAUUUGAUGAAUGUGAAGAGGAAUGUAGAAAACUGCGGGGACAAAAGGGGACAACUUCACAAGGAUGGGGACAAAGUGCAGAAAUGUCACUCGAACUGACAGAAUCGUUGGGUCCACCAGAGGGACAAAACCAGCCAAUACUAGUCGAAGUUGAGGUAAAUCAGAUCGAUGGAAGAGAAGAUGCGACAGCAUUUGUUGAAGGUGGAGAGGAAAGUGGAGACAUGUCAAUUCAACUGGGGCAGACCAGAAUGAGGCAAGUGGACGUUACGGUGACACCGUUGGUAAGAAGAGAAGAUGCCUCAACUUUUAAGGCUUUUGAGGAAGGAGAAGGACAAGGAAAUUUGGAGGUGACAAUGGGAUGUAGUGUUGGAGAGGAAAGUGCAGAAAUGGGGCAGAUAAGGUCGCAACUUACAAUGGGGGAGACAAUGUUUACUGAACUUGUGGGGGACGAUAUUGUGAUGGGUAGAGAUGCCGCACCGUUCAGGGACAACGCAGUCGGAGUUGCGCAGGACAAGGCUAACAUGAAUCUUAGGCGGAUAUUCCAGAACAAAGGCGAGUUGCAUAAGGCAUUAACUGUGUACUCUAUAAAAAGGCUAUUCAAUUUCCGAAUAAAAGCUUCCGACAAGACGCGUGUAAUUGCAGUAUGCCAUGAUAAAAAAUGUAAUUGGAGGGUAUAUGCAACGUUUCACGAGAACUCGGAGAAUGUGGAAAUUCGAACAGCGAGUCUAAGACAUAGUUGUGAUGUGAAAGUGCGGUCAAAGUACGGGAUGAAAGCAACACGAUCGAUUCUAGGCGAGUUGCUAAAAGCAAAAUAUGCGCAUGGAAAGAAGGGACCUAGAGCCUGUGAACUACCAGAGAUAGUAUUGGCUGAACUAAACGUUACCAUAUCAUACAUGAAAGCUUGGAACGCGAAAGAGAUGGCAAUGAAAAAAGCUCGUGGCAGUGAAGAAGAAAGCUAUAAGUUCUUGCAGACAUAUCUCCAUCUGUUAAGGACAACUAAUCCAGGUACGCUGUCCACAGUCCAUACGGAUUAUACUGAGGAGGGGGAAAUCCGUUUCAAAUAUUUAUUUUUUGCGUUUGGGGCUUCAGUUGCUGGGUAUAAGUAUUUGCGGAAAGUAAUAGUGAUAGAUGGAACACAGACUAAAGGAAAAUACAAAAGCUGUUUAGUUGCUGCCAGUGGACAAGAUGGAAAUUAUCAAAUAUUCCCAUUGGCAUUCGGAGUCAUUGACAGUGAGAACAUCGCAGAACAAAGGCGAGUUGCAUAAGGCAUUAACUGUGUACUCUAUAAAAAGGCUAUUCAAUUUCCGAAUAAAAGCUUCCGACAAGACGCGUGUAAUUGCAGUAUGCCAUGAUAAAAAAUGUAAUUGGAGGGUAUAUGCAACGUUUCACGAGAACUCGGAGAAUGUGGAAAUUCGAACAGCGAGUCUAAGACAUAGUUGUGAUGUGAAAGUGCGGUCAAAGUACGGGAUGAAAGCAACACGAUCGAUUCUAGGCGAGUUGCUAAAAGCAAAAUAUGCGCAUGGAAAGAAGGGACCUAGAGCCUGUGAACUACCAGAGAUAGUAUUGGCUGAACUAAACGUUACCAUAUCAUACAUGAAAGCUUGGAACGCGAAAGAGAUGGCAAUGAAAAAAGCUCGUGGCAGUGAAGAAGAAAGCUAUAAGUUCUUGCAGACAUAUCUCCAUCUGUUAAGGACAACUAAUCCAGGUACGCUGUCCACAGUCCAUACGGAUUAUACUGAGGAGGGGGAAAUCCGUUUCAAAUAUUUAUUUUUUGCGUUUGGGGCUUCAGUUGCUGGGUAUAAGUAUUUGCGGAAAGUAAUAGUGAUAGAUGGAACACAGACUAAAGGAAAAUACAAAAGCUGUUUAGUUGCUGCCAGUGGACAAGAUGGAAAUUAUCAAAUAUUCCCAUUGGCAUUCGGAGUCAUUGACAGUGAGAACAUCGCAGGGUGGACGUGGUUUUUCAAACAACUGUUACAGUUUGUCCCUGAUGAAGACGAUCUUGUCUUCGUCUCCGACAGACAUGCGGCCAUAUAUGCUGGACUAAGGACAGUGUAUCCACUUGCAAAGCACGCUUGCUGCACUGUGCAUUUAUUUAGGAACGUUGUCCACCAUUUCAAGUGUGAGGGGCUUGCUAAAAUGGUGUCCAAUGCGGCUAGAUCUUACACUGUGGGAGAUUUGCGAUAUUGGUUUGAAGAAAUUCAGAAAAGAGACAUCAAUUGUGCCAAUUAUUUGGUAGAGAUAGGAAUAUCUCAUUGGACACUUGCGUACUUCCCGGGAAUGCGAUACAAUGUGAUGAGCAGCAAUAUCUCGGAGUCCCUAAAUGCUGCAAUGCAAAAAGCCAUAGAUUUCCCGAUAGUGACGAUGGUAGAAUUCAUUAGGACUAUGUUAAUGCGUUGGUUUUACGAGAGAAGAGAAGCUGCAACUAGAACGAGGACAAGAUGUACGCCAGAGAUCGAGGAAAUGCUAAUAGAUCACCUGAAAUUAGCGACAGAUUGUGCUGUCAUAGCAGCAAGUGAAUGGAUUUAUCAAGUAAACGACGGUUUUGGUAUCGUUUUCACUGUGGAUCUAGAGAAAAAAACAUGUACUUGCAGAGUAUUUGAUGUGCUAAUGGUGCCGUGUUGUCACGCUUUAGCCGCGGUGGGGAUAAGGAACGUGGACAUUUACUCCCUGAUCGGGAACUAUGCAUUCGUGACGGAGUGGCGUAAGCUCUGGCGUGCCCAUAUUCUACCUCCGCCUAAGGAAAAAGACACGGAGGUCCCAAACGUAGUUAGUGAAAUGGUUGUGAAUCCACCAAAAACAAGAAGACCAGGCGGAAGACCAAAGACAGUACGCAUACCAUCGCGGGGAGAGUAUCAGGGCAAAGGAGGGAAGAAAAAAAAACCUAACAAAUGCACCACAUGUGGGAAGGAUGGCCACAACAGAGCAACUUGCAAAAAUCCUAUCUAAGUUUUAGGGAAUAAUAUUUCGGCGGCUUUUGGUCCAUGAAGUAUUGCGGAAAAGAGGGUUUAUCGUUACGUAGGUUGGAUAGGCCACGGGAAAUUUGUUUAGUCCAUGGCUUAACAUCCAAUUUUUUAGUCCAUGGCUUAACACGGAAAGUAUAACUAAUAUAUAUUUAUCUUUUGGUAAUUGGAUGUAGUAUGACAUGUAUGGGUAUCUUUUGGCAAGCACAUCUCACAACUUAUCGAACAAAAACUAUAUAUAUUUAUCAUA